CCGCAGGGAAGGCUCUGAGCAUUGGAGGCCACAGCCCGACCUGCAGCAGUCCCAAUCGCCUUCCACCUCCUGCUCAUCUCGCUUUGGGAGCUGUCACUAUGGUGACGAUGCGCAGGCCGUGGCCCGCCAUGGCCGCAGUGCUUCUGGCCCUGCUCGUCUGUCUGGGGGCCCUGGGCGACGCCUACCCAACCAAACCCGAGGCUCCUGGUGAAGACGCCUCCCCGGAGGAGCUGAGCCGCUACUACGCCUCGCUGCGCCACUACCUCAACCUGGUCACCCGGCAGCGGUAUGGGAAACGCUACAGCCCGGAAGCGCUCCUCUCAGAACUGCUCCCCGACGGCCAGGACCGCCCCGUCAAGUCGCGGUCGGAAGGCGCCUACGUGUAGUGUCGGCCUCGAGGCCUCCCGGGAGACCCGCGAACCGCACCAGCCUCAUCUGCACAUUUGCUCCUGCCCGGAACCCGCAGUCCUCGCCCGGACGCCUGAGGGCUCGGGCUGGGGCCCUCCGUCCAUGUCUCGGAGCCCCCGCCCCCUGGGCUGGAGGGCUGUGUGUGAUCCUCCCCGGUCCCCAAAUAAAAAGCAGAUUCACAGACACGGA